AUUAAUGAUAAAUAAAAGCUUACGAUAAUGUGUUAUCAAUAUUAGUGCUAAAGAGCGUUAAAACAAUGAACUCCGAGUGGAAGAUACAAUAUAAUUGAACUGCUUUGAUAUUAUAAAAUAGGAAAGGAUACAGAAGAGUAUGACUGCCAAACCUCAACAACUUUACUCGAUGGUGAACAUCAGACCGGAAAGAGAGUCUGGGUCAUGGUCAGAUGACUGGAUGACAUCACCGGAAAUAGACGAAGAAGCACCUCUGUUAGCAGGAACGACGAUGACGUCACCACGAAGGGAAUCUCAAUGUGACACGCCUACGUCACAGCGCGGCAGUCAAAACAGUGGCAGGGACCGGAAGGUAGUUCUAGACCUUGAGGACACAACGCGUCUGUACCACUACAUGGACGAGGCGGCGGAGUUCCUGCUGUAUCAAUUGGAUCAGGAGAACUCUCGGGAACGUCGAAUGUCUUUGUUUACCGACCGUCCGCCUCGAUGUGCCAAGGUUAAGGCCGCGCUCUCAAAGGUCAUGAUCGCUCUCACUGGCGCCAAGGGGAUCUCGGCCACCGUCCUUCUACAGCUGGUGUGUCUCAUUAUGUUGACGCUGGUGGACGCCCUACCCGACGAACACUCUAGCAAACGCCGCGCUCUACAAGUGAGCUCAUACGUGAUGUUAGGGAUCCAGACCAUCAACCUCGUCAUUGUCGUGUUGAUAUCAGUUCAAAUCGCCCAGCAGAUCCAGCACCGGAAGGUCAGCCGGAUAUUGCUGUUGCAGUCCUACAUCGCCGCCGUCCUCCUGUUUUCCGGGAUAUAUACCGCUACAUACAGGCUACAGCCGUCGUCGUGGAAGUUCGUGGCAGAUCCGCAAGUGUUGGAAGAUCCUGUCCAGAUCGUUGUCCUCUACACGCGAUUUCUUUUCUUCUCCGUUUCCACGGCAACGCUUUGUGGAGCGGCGGACGCCCUCCCAAAACAGUGGUACACAUGUCUAUUCGUGUCCGCUCAGAUGUUACUCAGCUUCAUGUAUUUCACUUCCGUCCUCGGGGCCACAAUACGCAAGCGCAAGAUACCGGAAAUCAAGCGGGUCGCCACUUCGAAGGAACUCAUGAACAUACGUCAGAGUUUGAGCCGGCGGCCCUAGUGUGUGACGGAGAUUAUGCGUUGCUGUUUGGCAGCGGGGUGUUAGCGUUGAAAGAAAAAUCGAAACAUUUGACCGUUCUUACAAUGUUAUCUGGGACUUAUGUUUACAUAUGCGACCCUGAAACAGUCAGUAUGCAUAUCAAGUGAAGUUUUUGUAUGCACAUUUACAAAUAUCACGGAGGCACUUGUUUUUAGAAUGUUUAAACGAAGUUUGUUUGUGCUUGAGGUAAAUUGGUUACGGGGUGUCCCCCACUCUUACUGGAGCCGAUUCAUAAAGCAUCACAGUGAAAUUAUUCCACUGAAAACCUUCUCUUUUUACUAAGUUGAAUUGUAAGAAUAAAAAUACUGUUUUGUUUUCACCAAAAUAAUGAAAAAAGCAAGAAAAGUUCUACUCAUUACGUGGUUAAUAAUUAUGGAGAAUAUAAGGCAUUUAGGGCAAUAUAGAGGGUAAUGUAUUGAUUUAUCAAAAUCAAUGUUCACUUAUAAGCUUUAUGACCACAGCCCCAGAACUCUCGUGUCUGACUCAAACAUGUGGAGAUUAAAGUGAAAUGAAGGCAAAAGACGAAUUUUAUGCAGAAGCCCAAUUUUGUGUCAUACAUAGUGAUUGUAUGUUUUAAAACGUUGUUAUUUUCAUUGCCAUAGUUUUAUGUGUUUAAACGUUCAUCUCUUCGUCCCUGUGGAAUUGAUCAGAACGAUAAAAUAGUGUGAGAUAAUUGACGGACUGUUGCACUUUUCAGCUCGUCUGAUUUUCAAAGAAAACGUUGAGGUUUUGACGUUAUGGUCUAGGUUGAGGUAGUGACGUUAUCGCCUAGGUAUAGGUAGUGACGUUAUCGCCCAGUUUGAGGUAGAAAUGUUAUGGCCAGCUCGAGAUAGUAACGUUAUGGCCAGGUCGAGGUAAUGACGUUAUGGCCAGGUCGAGGUAGUCACGUUAUGGCCAGGUUGAGGUAGUGGCGUUAUGGCCAGGUCGAGGUAGUGACGUUAUGGCCUAGGUCAUGGUAGUGACGUUAUGGCCAGGUCGUGGUAGUGACGUUAUGGCCAGGUUGAGGUAGUGACGUUAUGGCCAGGUCGAGGUAGUGACGUUAUGGCCUAGGUCAUGGUAGUGACGUUAUGGCCAGGUCGUGGAAGUGACGUUAUGGCCAGGUUGAGGUAGUGACGUUAAGGCUAGGUCGAGAUAGUGUCGUUAUGGCCUAGGUGAAGGUAGUAAUGUUAUGACCUAGGUGUUAUCGUCGGCGACGUAGUUGUGGUCGUACAAAAAACCGUCAAAGUAAGCCAUGGUUAGGAAACCAUUUCACACCUUAGGCAGUAGAAAACACUAUUUAUAAUUCUUCGAAACGACGGUAAUGAGGAACAGGAAGUGAUAUCGUAGUGUAUUUUGGAUUUGUUUUGAGUAUCAAUGAAUCCUAUGAAAACUGACGGUAAAAACAACAUUAGAAAUACUAUUCGUCAUAAAAAGACGAGGUUUUGUCUAUAUUUAAAUUUAAUAAGGUAACGCAUUAAAUCAAAAUACAAUAAAAGUUUUUGACUUGCUUGAAUGGGAUCAAUUCGUUCAAUGUUUGUUUUAUUCAUUCAUUUUUUUUCUUUCCCCCAUGCGAGUACUUUUCCAUAUUACACAGUAUAGUGACUUGCCGAGUUUUAGUAAAAGCUGAAGCAUGUCAACAUUCUUUUAAAACAGAUAUGAGCUGUCAUAAAUUGGAACACACGAGGUGUAAUUAAAAAGGGACGGUACUUUGCUGUUCCACUCAUUGGUAUACUGAUGAGUAGUUUCCCUUCGGAUGUACGAAAUAAGCGUUAUUUUAAUGGUUUCGAAAAAAGUAUGCAGAAACACAUGCAAAUGUAAGGCUAAAAAAUCAUUUCGGGGGCAUUCAUGCGAUUUGGAAUUAAAAAAAAACAUGCAAAUCAAACUUCAAAUGUAUGAGAAUGAUCAAACGCAGACGCAUCGCAUGAAGUAAUCAGGACAAACGAUUAAUGCCGCAAUAAAUCAGGUUGACUAAUUUGUACGACUGUUAUUACGAACCCUUAACUAUUGUGAAAAGAAAUUCAUGAUAAUAAAAAUGUUGAUUCAUUUUGUCAUUGUUCAAUCUAACAUGGUAACUGUUUUAUUGAGCAAGGCCGCCUUAUAGAAAAUAUUAUACCAAAAUGAUUGUUUUCUAACAAAUAUAAGUUGACCAAUAAAGUACUUGAACAAUUUCUAAUGAAAGUGUUGCUGUUUUGAUAUUACUAUUAAAGAGU